GUAGCGACAAACUGAACCCAAAGCAUCAUGGGACCUUGAAAUGCGGAAGUGAAACUCACGCGGAUAUGGGUCUGAAGGAGAAGAUUAUAGCGUCAUUAAAGAAAUAUGAAACUGAUGAAGACUUUUCCUUUUUACCCGCUCUGCCCAAAGCCUCUGUGCUCAUUCCGCUUCUGCUGAAAGAUGGACAACUUCGACUUGUGUUCAACGUCCGUUCACUUAAUCUCAAAGAUCACGCAGGUGAGGUUUGUUUUCCUGGAGGUAAAUCCGAGUCCAGUGACAGCAAUGAAGUCGACACGGCUUUGAGAGAAGCAGAAGAAGAAAUCGGUCUUCCUCCGAACCGAGUGGAGGUGAUCUGCAAACUCUUCCCCAUCUUAAACAAGUCUGGUCUUCUGAUAACUCCAGUUGUGGCGUUCAUUGAGGAUUCCUUUAAAGCCCGUCCAAACCCACAUGAAGUCACAGAGGUGUUCACCGUUCCUCUGGAGUUUUUUACUAAAGAGACGGAUCAUUCCUGCUAUCCUGUACCCAGCAUGUUUGGAUCCACACAUAGUUUUAUUUACACUGAUCACAGUACCGACAGCAUCCAUCAGAUCUGGGGCCUGACAGCAGCUUUGGCCAUAACCGUUGCUGUUUUUGCCCUCCAAAAGAUGCCUGAAUUUGAAGUCGACUUUGACCUGAAAGAUCCAGUUUCUCACUUUAAACGUUUGCUUAAUCGUAGACUAAGCAAAUUGUAAAAUUGAAGUUUCAGUAUAACUAGGAAGACAAUGAACUCAUUUAAAUAUUGAAUCACAUAAAACUAAAGAGUCAAUUAAAUGUUAUUCCCAAUGUAAACUACGUUUUUUAGUAUACGAUAUCUCUGUAUAGGAUUGGACAUGGAUAAAUAGACUAUACAUACUAUAUUUCUAACAUGUUUUAUGAAGUUGUCUUAUAACACUAGCCAUUCCCCAAAAUGCCCACAAGAGGGCGAUAUUUGCCUUUUUAUCGCAUACAAACUAAUACUUUCCCCAUUGUAAGUCCAAAACUAAACAUUAAAGUCAAAUGAAGUAAGUAGACACGUUAAUUUAUUCUGUAUAUUAAUAUUUUUUUAUUGGUUUAAUUGUGGUGUGUUAUUGUCCUCCAGGCACUUGGACUGUAGUCUUAAGCCCUGUAUACAGUAAGCCACCCCAUAAGCUUUAGCACUAGAUGUUUGCUUAAAUCUUAAUUGUUCAGCAAACUGUACGUGUGAAAUUCAACAUCCCUUACUUUAAUACAACAAAUGUCCUCUAGAAAAGAUUUUGUUUUAUGUCACAUUAUGCAUGAUAACAAUUCACGUGCACAAACACAGGCACUGGUUAAUACUCUGCAUCAUAUUCAAAUAAAAAAUAUUUCUGAAAUACUA